UCAAGUUUACUCUUUUUGUUAUUCCUUUAAAAUUAUUCAGUGUUUUUUUUAAGAUCCAGUUAUUGUGAUCUUAUAUGUACUUCAAAAGGAAAACCGAAAAGCAUUUAGAAAUUAUAUAUAAAGUUGAAGUGAAGAAGUUAUAAGUGCGAAUUUCCAUGGCUUAUUAAGAAGGUGGAUAAGGUUUCAAGCUGGUAAAAUUAAUCUGGCCAUAUAAAAACAUAUAAUGAUAAAUAUCAAAAGGAACAAGAAAACAUCCACAACAUGUUGAGAUAUUUGAACUUUUGCUUUAUGCCUUGGAACAUUGAAAAUGACUUUCUUUUCAAAUACCCAUUUGUAUAGCCACAUGGAGGCGUAACGAGCUCGAUCUAGUGCAGUGUCUAUUCAUGUCUGCCUGAAUAUCGAACAUAAUCGAUAUACUGACUUAACUACUUUAUAUGCUAGAGAUACCAAAUGUUGCAUAUUACUCCUCGAGCAAACUUAUCCUAGAUAACUACAAUUAUUUCUAAUAUUGAAAAAUAAUUCAUAUUAAAUAGAAAUAUCACGACAGAAAUAAAAGGGCCAACAUUACAAAACCGCGAAACUUUAAUGAGAUUUUGUGCGGAUUAUGGCGACUUCAUAUGGAAGCAAAAAACGUUCGAAUAACUUAAAUAAAUUCAAGCCGAUUCUCUUUUUCAUCUUGCAUUUAAAUAUUAGUAUUCAACGAAUUAGCGCAACGUCGUUUUUAAUUAUCAAUGAUUUAGCCAAUGUGAAUCGACCCUAUUUUGACGACAUAAGCCCAAGAAAUAUUUCAGCAGUUGUCGAUGAAACAGCAAUCUUAAGAUGCCGAGUUAAAAAUAAAGGAAAUCGAACUGUUUCGUGGAUGCGUAAACGAGAUCUUCACAUUUUGACAACUAACAUAUAUACAUACACUGGGGAUCAAAGGUUCUCUGUUAUACAUCCGCCAAAUAGUGACGACUGGGACUUGAAGAUUGACUACGCCCAAGCACGCGACAGUGGAAUAUAUGAGUGUCAAGUAAACACAGAGCCUAAAAUUAAUAUGGCUAUUACUUUGGAGGUCACUGCUGAAUAUGAUAUGAGAGAUAAAAAUUCGGAGAAUCUAUACUAUAAUUCUAAAGCGGCACGUGCUAAAAUUUUGGGAUCGACAGAAAUACACGUGAAGCGAGAUAGUACCAUUGCUCUAGCAUGCUCCGUUAAUAUACAUGCAUCAUCUGUAUUGUGGUAUCAUGGCUCAGCGAUUGUCGAUUUUGAUUCAUUGCGUGGCGGCAUUAGUUUGGAAACUGAGAAAACUGACGCAGGUACUACGAGUCGGCUAAUGUUGACCCGCGCAUCACUGAGAGACUCUGGAAACUAUACGUGUGUACCCAAUGCAGCUGUACCAGCUUCUGUUCGAGUUCACGUCUUGACGGGCGAGCAACCGGCAGCAAUGCAGACGAGCGUUGCGAGCGUAUUACAUGAUUCCACUGCAAUCAUAAUUACGUAUUUCAUCAUAUCAGAAGAAGUGUUGUUAAGCAUUUUAAACAUACUCCUUUUACAUCGAAGUUCAAGAUGACUAACUUAUAAAAUUCAGCCAUAACUCCAAAGAAAAAGAAAUCAAGGAAACUAAAAUAAUGCUAUAUAUAAAGGU